AUGUGGUACUUGUUGAUAUUCCUUUUGAUUCCAAGUCUCAUUGGAGAACGGAUUUGUUAUCAUUGUAUUUCUCGACUUGAUGAUUCAAUUGGAAACAAAAACGAGAAAGAUUUGUUGAAGACAGUUUUAUUUUCCAGGUUAGUAUUGCUCUAUUUUUUCUCAGAAAAGAAUAAUUUUAAUGGAUGGAAAAGCUUAUUCGGAAUAGUAAAAAUAUUUCUAAAUACACUUGUAUAAGUUUUAUUAGAACGUACUAAUUAGUUUAAUUAUAUGCUUCCUAAAAAGGCGAGAAUUCCCGAAAAUGACUAUUGGAGAAGUAAAAUCUUGAAAUUUGGUUCCUUGUUGUGUGCAAAGUUGAAUCGAUAAUCGAAUUUAGAAUAAUUUAUUCGAUCAUGUGAAUAUCUCAUAACAUGAGAUAUAUUAUAAAAAGGCCCUCUGCAAAUCUCAUGAUAAUUCAAAAAAUGAAGAUUCUCCUCGUCGCCGUUUUGUUUGUCAUAGUUUCUGCCAGAUUUUGACAACAAAAACAAUUCAGCAUAUGAGGUUGCGCGGCGACAACUCAAUAGAAUCGUUUCCGUCUUCGAAUCAAUUAACCCAGAAAAAAUGGACGAACUUUUUUCGCAAAGAUUUGUCUACAUAGGUUGCAAAGGAAUCCGGUCCAUCAAGCUGAUUAAAAACUUCUUUAUAGAAGAAUUGAAAUAUGAUUACCAUAUUAAAACUGAUAUUCUCUCAGCCCGUUAUAAAUUUGACGGAAGAAACAUCAUUGACAUGACUGUCAAGUGGGAAGUCAAAAAAUUCUAUGGUCUUCAUAAUGUUCUUCUUAGUUGGGAGGAGGGUGGGUAUAAGAUUUCGAAAGUUAUAGUUCCUGGUUGCGAACGGGGAAAACCGACUGCAAAUUUCUCUCGUCCAUCAACUAAAUAACGUCGCUUUCAAAAUGUUUUAAUGAACUAUUCAUAUGGAUAAAAAUUCGUUAUAUUGUAGAACUAAAAAUUUCGAAAGUCUGAUUUUCAUUUCCACUUUCGGAAUUUCCGAAUUACGAUUGUUACUUCCGAUUUUUUCGUGAUACAAAUAUUAAAUUUCAAUGUCAGAGCUCCUGUUUUAAUUCAAAACAGCAAGUUAUUAUCUAAUGUCGCUUUUUGGCGUCGUCUCAAAUCCAAAACAUAUGUAGUUUAAAAAAAUAAAAACGGAUAUUCCAAUAUUUUUCCGAAUUAAUUCAGACGGAAUAUAAAUAUAACUUCUAAAAAACGUCGACUUGCAAUAGGAAAAUACACACAUUGAUUCCAAAAACAGGGCGAGGAAUAUUGUAUUUGUUCUAUUGCUUAGAAUUUUUCAAAAAAGUUAAAAAUAAAUGAAUGUUUUGAAACCGGUACGAAAACUGGCAAAACAAACAUUUGAAAAUUCAUAUACAUUUUCAGAUUCAAUGUUCCACCAUCAAGUGAUUAUUGUGCAAUUGGGGGAACUGAUUUAUUGUUCCAAACAGUAGACAAAAAAAUAUGCCGAAAUGAAACUGAUAAAUGUAUAAAUAUAGCUUCAACUGGUAAGCCAAAUUAAUAUAAUUCCUUUUCAUAUAUGUAAUAUCUUUCAGUCGAACAGAACAGAACAAUUACACGAUUAGUAAUUCGUGGAUGUCAACAAGAAUUGAUGAAAACCGGAUAUCAUUUGAAACAUUCUGCAUUUACAGAACUCAUUAAUGUUUGUGAUUCUACAUUAUGUAAUUACUCUUCAAUUAGGAAUAUUUUCAACAUUUUUACCUGCAUUUUUUUCAUAACGUUGUUGUAAAAGUAAAAUGAAGGUUAAGAAAUAAUUAAUGAAAUAUUCUGAAUGAAGAGGUUGAAAAAUGCUUAAAAUUAAUUUGUUAUAUCACAAUAUUCAAGUGAUGGGAUUACUGUUUUUUGACCAACUGGAUCAAAAAUAUUUUUAUUCGGAUAAGUCAUAAUAUCUACAUAGACACUUGUUUUAUAAGGUUUACUGUAUAUUAGAUCCUACUGAUAAGUUUAAUUAUUUGCUUUAAAAAAAGCGAGAAUUCCAGCAAAUUUCUAUCAGAAAAUAAAAAUCUUGCAAUUUUGUUCCUCGUUGUGUGCAAAGUUCUCCAAAAAAUAUCGAAAAACUGCAAAAAAGUCGAUAAUCGAAUUUGAAAUAAUUUAUUCGAUCAUGAACAUCUCAAAUAAAAAGGCCCUCUCCAAAUCUCAUUAUCAUUCUAAAAAUGAAGCUUCUUCUCGUCGCCGUUUUGUUUGUCACUGUUUCUGCCAGAUUUCACGUCGAAGUGAAAAGCGAAGCAUUCCAACUUGCGUUGAAAGAAGCAAAAAGAAUCGAAACCGUCAUUUCAUCGAAAAACUCGAAACAAGUUGCCAAACUUCUUUCUCCAAACUUCUCCUACAGAGGCUGCAGUGGAAGAGUGAGCAAACGACGAGUUUUGAGCUUCUUGAGAAAUUUGAGAGAUGGACUUCAUUAUAAUACUGAUGUUAUCUCAGCCAGACUUGAAAACGGAAGAAGAAACUUGCACAUGACUGUCUCGUGGCAAGUCGGAAAAUUCUCCGCUGUUUACGACUUUGUUCUUGAGAAAAGAAACGGUGUUUCGGUUAUUUUGAGAGGAAAAGCUGCUGAUUGCAAAAUUCGAGGAUACAACAGAUCGGUUGCACAUCUUUUGUCCAUCAACUAA